AUGGCGACCAAUCAGUCUCCUCCCCUCGUUCCUGCAGGGCCCUUGCUCGUCCCCGUCCAACUGAUCCCACGACGAAACGCGCGAUCCAAGCAGCGCUUUCAUCGCCUCAGCAAGCCCAAAGUCCGCAGUGGUUGCUUGACCUGCAAGACACGUCGCGUCAAGUGUGACGAGGGCAAACCAGCGUGUGCGCGGUGUAUUCGCGGAGAUUUUGUAUGCGAUGGCUAUGAGACGAAGCCUACAAAGCAUGAGACUGUCCUGGUGCCAUCAUCUCAGGUUGUGCCGAUAAAGUUCUUGCCGCUUGCUCCGUCAACGUUGCCUGGGCUCGAUGGGCAUAGUGUACCGUAUCUCGAUGCCUUCCGGUAUCACGUGGCCCCAGAGCUUUCUGGUAGUUUUUACAUGGAUUUCUGCGAGGGGACGAUUCUUACUGGUGUGCACCAGGAUGACUCCAUUCGUCAGCUGGUGCUAGCACUUGGCGCCUUAACCCUUGCCAUCGCUGAUGACGCGCGGGAUACACAACAGUCUAUUGUCCAAUCGAAACCUUCGCCUCUUAAGGUUUGGGGCCCAAGCAGUGUCAAGAACAGAAAUCACGCUGCUUCGCUCAAGCAUUACCUCAAGGGUGUCCAAGGUCUCCGUGAGCGAUUAAAGCUCGACCCAGCGCACGUCUCUGUACGGACCAUGACGGUCAUGACGAUUCUGAUGGCCUUGUUUGAGAUCUUGCAGGGGAAUCAUCGGUCGGUGGACAGUAUACUGAAAAGUGUGACUGCUCUUCUGAACGAACAUCUUGCGCAUCAAAGGAGCACAGAAGGCAGUAAGGAUGAGAUCACGUCGGUUCAACAUACAUUCCUCUGCUUUUCUAUGAUGUGUCAAUACUCACGACAAAUCAUAUCGGCCAUACCGAUCUACAUGCAGAUAAAGACAGUGUCUGCCACAGAACCGCCAGUAUUCGGGGUAGACUUACCAAAGUCGCUUCUUGGUCGGUGGAGGUUGUUCAACAGUGCUAUGAUGGCGUAUGUAGGACAGGCCCAUGAUGUAGUGGCACUGACAGACACGGAAUUCAUCAAGUCAUUCCAUCAACGUGGCCGAAUUCUGUAUAAACAAGCUUUGUCGUGGGGUGAAGUGAUCCGGGCCUAUCUUAAGAGUAACCUUGACGAGGAACAUCUUCACCGCCUGAAGCUAUUGGAGAUACACUGCGUCAUAGCAGAGAUUCACCUAGAUUGUAUUCUUGUACCAUGCGACUUGUCAUAUGAUCGGUACGAGAAGACAUUCAAAGCUCUGCUUGACGAUUGCACGGCGUGGUUGAAGCAGCAGGUACGCAAUGGCGUUCCUCGUCAUAUCACUUUGGGAGAGGGUAUACUGCUUCCUCUGUCGGGUAUUGUCCGCCUAUGUCGAGUCCACGAUGUCCGCAUGGAGGCGCUCUAUCUCAUGCAAAGUGUCACCUGGCAGGAAGGUGCUUGGGAUCCUCAAUUUCUCGCUCUGGGAGAGCUUGGUACCGUGGUGAUGGAGGAGCGGGGGAGGGAAGAGAGUGGGUUUAUACCGGCGUCUUCGAGGUGGCUUUGGGUGAGUAACGUGGAUGGGGAAAGCGAAGGUGGCGAUCCUCAUGGCUUCUACGUUUCCAGGUUCUUGGAUGAGAAUGGACAGCCUGUUAUACGUGCGAUACCAUACGACAGCGCAUGGUGGGACGAGGUAUUGUCAAACGUUCAGGCCCACCGUGUUUCAGAACUUUUGCCAGCUGCUAGUAAUUAUGGAAUGACUGACUUGAGCGACAUGUGGUCAGAGGAUGAGGAGUCUGUUAUCAGAACAAAGGGCAACAAAGUUAUGGUGGAGUGGUGUCACCCUUGUGAGAACCGUUUAGAUCGUGAACAGUCCGUUUAG